CGCAAAGCGCCCGUUGGCGCCCUUGGUUUCCAAGGUAAAGCACUCCCAGCUACGCUGAUGAGGGCGUGCUGGGAUACAGGUGGCAGGUUACUUCAGCUUUCUUGCCAUAGACAUGACGAAACUGCAUUACUUGACAUCGCUUAGUUUUGGUGUCCAUUCUCCUCGUCGAUGUCCAUACCGAGCGCUGCUUUCAGACCAAGAGAACAAGAGGUUCGUUAUUAUAGUGCUCCGAGAGGAGCCCCAGCAGGCUGAUGGACGCUUUGGCAAGGCUCUCCAGCACGUUUCUACUAGGCUUUGGAACAAAAACAACCCGUUUAGCUGGACAGACGAAAGCCCGGCACACAGGGUGGUCGCACUUGAAAUAGAGUGGUCCUCCGUUGUGGGCAUCGACUACCGCUGCCCGCUGCACGACGAUGGCAAGCUGGUGCUGGAGGCGCGCCAGGUCGUCAAGCGUUGCUUCAAAACGGUGGAGGAUGUGCGGGAGUUUUACACGCCGCGUGCGAGUGUUGCCAACGUGGAUGUGCGCCGCGGCGCCCUGUCCGCGGCCCCCACCCCCAGCCGGGGCUCCCUGGAGAGGAGGCUGGCUGCUGCGGCUGCGGCCGGCUGCGGCCCUGGCAGGCACGCCCUACGUUCCCCCGGGUCCUCAAUUCCGCUAACCGGCAAGAGCGCGUUCGCCACAGCCACCGUAGCGGCGGCCGCAGCGCUCUCCUCCUCCGCUGGCGUGUCCACAUGCACGCCGGUCGCAGACGCAGCGGGGCAGGCAGCCGGCCACGACAGCGCGUCCCUGCGCUGCGUGCGCUCCGAAGGACCCGGAUCCCGUUGCCGUACCGCGUCUGGCAGGAACGGCCACUCCGCAUUAGGAUCCAGAUCUGCUGCGGGUGCUGGUCCUGCUCCUGGUGACAUGGGUUCAACCAGGCAGCGGCUUGCGGCUGAGGCAGGCGCGCACCGCAGCAGUGCGCCGGGCUUUGCAUCAGCGGAUGAGGGUGGAGGGCCCGGCAGGGGGCUGGGCGGCCCCACGAGGGAUGCUGAGGGUGCGGUAUUUGGGACGCAGCGGCGGCUGCGGCUGGUGGUGCCUGAUGCCAGCCCGGAGGGUCGUGCAGAGGAGCAGCCCGAGGGGGGAAGCUCUGCAGCCUCCUACAAGCGCCAGAAGCGGCUCGGGAACGGCCGGCUGGGCCACGUGCAGGCUGAGUCGCCCCGGAGAGCGUGGUCAGCUAGCGACCUGCGCGGCAUGGCGGACGAAGCGGGCGACGACGCGGCGACGGCCGCAGACGCCACUGGCAGCGGCAGCGGCAACACCAGCAGCAGCUGUAGACCCAGUGGCCGCGGAGACGCCAACCCGUUCGAGCGUGCCAGCGAUGGCGCUAUGUACCGAACUACUGGUUGCAGCAACACCACCCACAGCACUAGCCACGGCGGGGGGCAUCUCAGCAGCAACGGGAUGCAUAUCCGGGGCUGCAGCGGCGACGGCUGCUGCCUGCACGGCCCGCAUGUGCGCGCCCGCGCCCCGGCCCUCAACAUCAGCGGCAGCGGCGUGGGCGGACCCCGGGGGGAGGGCCUGCGUCAUGGUGCCGCUGAGCUGCUGCGCAGGGGUUGCAGUAGCGCCCGCGGGUUUGCUGGCGGCAGCGGCAGCGGAGUGGCAUGGGCGGACCUGCAGAUCGGCUGCAGCCGCCGUGCGUGCGGGGGCGGUGGCGGUGGCGGCGAGGGCAGCACCGACGUGCCGCGGCCCUGCCGUUGGACGCGGCCCAGCGCCACCUACCACGCCUGCACGGUGGUGCUGAGCUUCAGGGAUCCCUUUCUGCCGCAGGAGCUGCGCCGGUUCGUCAAGAGCGACCUCCGCCUGCUCAAGCUCUACGAGAGCGGUCUGCCCUCCUGGGCCAUCUUCCUGCCCUGCUACGGCCUGCCGUACCGCCCCUGGAUGCGUCGCGCGCUGUGGCUGCUCUUCAUCGCCAUCUCCAUCUUCUCCAUGGGCUGCGGCUUCUACGACCUCUACAAAAACGUGCCCUUCCUCAAGCAGGUCGUCACCGCCGUCGCCUCGCGGCUCUACCUGCCCGCUGCUGAGCUGUUCGAGUGGCUGGAGCGACACACGCAGAUCCGCAUGUCCAUCCUGCUCACCUACCUCUUCUCAAAGUCGCCGCUGCUGGUGUCCCUCAUGCGCAUGCUGCGGUCCCUCGCCGCGCUGCUGCAGCAGCUGCUGGCGCCGGCGGCUGCGGCGCUGACCUCCGCGCUACAGCCGCUGCUAGUCGCCGCGCAGGCCGCUGCCGCGGGUGUGGGCAGCGGGCUGGCCUCUGCCGGCAUGGCGGUGUGGGCUGUGGCGCAGCCGGUGGUGGCCACCGCGGCGGUGUCGGGCCGGGAGGCACUGGCGUUCGCCUCCUCAGUGCUAGGGCCGCCGGCGCGGGCGCUCUGGGCGCUGGCUGUGUUCCUGGCGCAGCUGGUGCGGCUGGUGGCGGCGCUGGUGGGCAUGCUGCUGGUGGGGCCGCUGCAGCUGCUGUGCGGCAUCGGCGGCGCGCUGAGCUGGGCGAGUACGGCGGUGGUGGAGCAGCUGGCGGCGGCGUGGGAGGGGGCGCGCUGGGCGGUGCAGUGGGCGGUGACGCUGGGGCGAGCGGCGCGGCGGGUGGCGCCGGCGGUGCGGGCGGGUGGACGGGCGGUGGCGCAGGCUGCUGCUGCGAGCGGCGCUGGGGGAGGUGUCAGCGGCGGAGUGGCUGUGUGGCAGUGGCUGGGGCUGGAGGUGGUGGGGGCGUACAAUGCGGUGCGGCUCACGUUCGUGCAGGCGUUCAAGUCGGCACAGGCCGUCUCCAACUUUUGCAUCACGGUGGCUCAGGCCGCGGUGCAGCACCGCGUGUCGCUGCUGCUGCAGCUCCGCCGCUUCAUCACGCGGCAGAAGGAGCGCCUGCCGCCCGCCAUGGCGGCCUCGGUGCCGCUACCGUCCUUCGUGAGCAUGCCCUCCUUCGACCUGGGCAGCACGCCGGGGCCGGCCAGCAUGUCCAGCCUAAUCUUGGACGAGCCCGAGUCCGCAUCCGGCUCACCCAUGGCAGGCCACAUUCCGCUGUUCGAUCUGGACAUGUCGGGAGUGCUGGGUCCGGAGCAGGAGCAGGACAGGCCCGCGCGCGGGUUUGGCACGUCGGUGUCGCAGCAGAUGUACGGCGGCAGUGGUGGCGGCGGAGGCGGCGGAGGCGGAAGCAGUGGCAGCAGCAUGGCUGGGGUGAGCAGCUUCAGGAGUGAGGGGGGGCUGCUGCGGCGGCGGCCGGACCCGAUUGCCAUUCCGUUGGGCGGCAGCGCAGCGCUGCGUCGCAGGCGUCGAGGUGUGGCUGGUGCUGGGAGCAGUGGAG